AUGUCCGCCAACAUCUCCAUCAUCUCCGCCAAGGAUGCCUGCCCUCCUGCCGGCCCUUACUCCCAGGCCAUCCGCGCCAACGGCCAGAUCUUCGUCUCUGGACAGAUUCCCGCCGACUCCUCCGCCAACUUGGUCGAAGGAAACAUCGGUGCUAAGACACAGGUUUGCUGCGACAACAUCAAGGCUAUCCUGACCGCCGCUGGCUCCAGCGUAGACAAGAUUGUCAAGGUCAAUGUUUUCCUGACUGAUAUGGCCAACUUCGCUGAGAUGAACGCUACUUACGAGAAGUUCUUCGUUCACAAGCCUGCUCGUAGCUGUGUUGCUGUUCACCAGCUGCCUAAGGGUGUGCCUGUUGAGAUUGAGUGCAUUGCUCUGGAGUAA